AUGCCGGCAGUGGCGACCGCGUGGACCCACGAGUGGAGUGGUGCCCAUACCCGAGUCCGGCCAUACCCGGUGCGCUCCGGCCCCCUUGUGUUGUGCGUGGCGCUCGACGAGGAGGUCCACGAGGAGGUCCACGAGGAGGUCCACGAGGAGGUCCACGAGGAGGUCCACGAGGAGGUUCACGAGGAGGUCCACGAGGAGGUCCACGAGGAGGUCCACGAGGAGGUCCACGAGGAGGUCCACGAGGAGGUCCACGAGGAGGUCCACGAGGAGGUCCACGAGGAGGUCCACGAGGAGGUCCACGAGGAGGUCCACGAGGAGGUCCACGAGGAGGUCCACGAGGAGGUCCACGAGGAGGUCCACGAGGAGGUCCACGAGGAGGUCCACGAGGAGGUCCACGAGGAGGUCCACGAGGAGGUCCGCAGAGCCCCACGGAGCCCCAGCGACGACCGCCCACCGCGGCCAGUGCGGUGA